AGGGCCGGGUGCUCCGCUAGCCGCCUCCUGGACCUUGGCAGCUAUAAGGGCGGCCCGUUGGCAACAGAGCCCAACCCUUCGACCGCUUCCUCGGCUCCUCGCUGCUGCUUCGCGCUCCUAGCCCAGCCCUCAGCUAUGGCAAGCCCCCUGGACCAGGCCAUCGGCCUCUUGGUGGCCAUCUUUCACAAAUAUUCUGGCAAGGAGGGUGACAAGAAUACCCUGAACAAGAAGGAGCUGAAGGAGCUCAUCCAGAAGGAGCUCACCAUUGGUGCGAAGCUGCAAGACGCUGAAAUUGCAAAGCUGAUGGAUGACCUGGACCGGAACAAGGACCAGGUGGUGAAUUUCCAGGAAUACGUCACCUUCCUGGGGGCCUUGGCUAUGAUCUACAAUGACGUCCUCAAGGGCUGAAAAUACAUUGGGAAAGUUGGCCUGUCUGAGUCAAAUCCAGUGGUGGAUAAAUGUACAAUAAAAUUUUUUUUUUUUUGGU